CUCAAAUUGCACCUAUCGUAUAAGAGUACUACAUUCUAUGGAAAGCAAGACAGGAACUUUCCUUUCCCUCUUAACUUUCUUCUUCUUUUUUAAUCCACUGAAAGCUGUCUUUUCCCCAUCAUAAAUUUCCCUGAACAGUCUCAGCUUUCUUCUUUGCAACUCCUUUCUUGUUACUUAUCCACAGGAAGAGAAGUAGCUUCUCGGUGGAACUAUUUUCCAUAGAAAUCAUUCCCUUUUCCUUUAAUUUGCAAAACCACUCUAGUCCUGACCAGCUCCUUUUAUACCAAGUUCACAUUCUCACAUGGGCUUCCUCCUCUCUUUCUCCUUGAUAACUCUACUGUCCUUGGCAUCCAUUAGAAAUGAAGCUCAAGGGAUCAAAUCUGCCCGUCUUCUCGAUCUUGUCAUUAGAGAUUACACAUUCAAGUCCUAUGACAUAAACAACAAGACAGGUAUGAUACACACUGUACAUUUACCUGCAAACUUCUCCGGCAUCGAAGUGGAUACUGUGAAGUUCCGAUGUGGCAGUCUGAGGAGAUAUGGCGCUCAGGUAAAGGAAUUCCAUCUUGGUAUUGGUGUAAUUGUGGAGCCAUGUGUGCAAAGAGUCAUGGUAAUUAGACAAAAUUUAGGGCAUAACUGGUCUUCUAUAUAUUAUGCCUGCUUUGACUUGUCAGGAUAUCAGCUUGUGUCCCCCAUUUUAGGCCUUUUAGCAUAUAAUGAUGGUAGUGAUGUGAAUUUUAGCAAUCCUGUCGAGCUUGGAAUCCAUGCUGGAGAAAAACCAAUCACUAUAGACUUUACCAAUACAACCAGUAUAGCCCACCCAUCAGGAAUUAGGCCACUCUGUGCUAGUUUUGAAAAUGACGGCAAGGUGAAACUGAAAACCCCAGCAUCGCAUAAUAUUUGUGUAGUCACAAGGCGUGGACAUUAUGGUUUGGUGAUCGAAUCGCCCCCACCAUCAGCAGGAGCACCAGGGCAAGCAAGAAAGAAGAUCAGCCUAUGGAAAGUGGUGGUGGGGAGCACGGUUGGAACUGCCUUGGGCGUACUCCUUUUGGGUUUGCUUUUGGUGGCAAUGUUUGUUAAUGUAAAGAAGAAAGCAAAAAUGGAGGAGAUGGAAAGAAGAGCCUACGAAGAGGAAGCUCUGCAAGUGUCAAUGGUUGGCCAUGUGAGGGCACCUACAGCAACUGUUACUCGGACCACGCCUGCAAUUGAACAUGAGUAUAUACCUUAUCAUCCUUCUUGAAUUGUUCAUUUCUCAUUAUGAACAUCAUUCUUUUUGUAAUAAUGUUUUAAAACUAAACGAAUUCGUAUUAAUUUAAGAAGAAGGAUAGAAUCAACAGGUUUUUUUUUUUUUUAUUAGGAGCACAGAAACAGGACAAAUCUGUGUCACUCUGUUUUCCCUUUAAUUCCUUCAUUCCUUUUUGUAAACUGUCUAAUUUU